AUGUCCAUUUACAACCACAUUCCUGCUCCACAAUCUUUUCAUAAUCGUUCAUCUAAUCCACCAUCUCAUUUGAAUCUUACUUCGAAACAAGCAAAAAAUUGGCGUCGAGCAACCAAGAAAUCAAUGUUCAAUGAAGAAUUACGUAAAAAAUACCCACCACUCCAAGUUAAACUGUCAGAUUUUCAAAUUAUUUUUGUUGAUCGAGCAACAUGUCCAGACCAACUGCAGUUUUUACAAGAAGCGACUGCCAACGCAUCAUGUUUUUCAAUCGAUCAAGAAUCUACGCUACAAUUCAAUCCUGUGACAUAUCAAAACGAUACCAUCCCAUCAUUAAUACAAGGCAAUAUUCUCGAUGGUUCAAAAAUUAUUAGAGGUUGGGGCGAUCCAUUCGAAGAAUUGUCAUCGUAUGUGCCAUAUCAAAUGUUCAAGCAAUCUCAACUUUAUCGGACGAGAAAACAAAGAGAAGAGAGUGAUAUCCAAUCGCAGUAUACGACGUGGACUGAAGGUUGGGUCGCGCUUUCAGGCAGAGACCCGAAUAUGGAUGGCGAUAAUCAAAAUGAUGAAAUCAUUAUACAUGCACCAUCAUUAGAAUUAGAAGAAAAAGGAAGUCUUCAAAAAGCUCUCUCUAAUACCUAUCAAUUAUUGUUAGACAAAACGUGGACAAAAAGCAAAUGGUCAGCCGGUUUAAACAGACGAUUAGCCACUUACAUCGAUUCAAUACUAUCGGGCGUCGAAUUAGACCGCAACACAAUUGUCUCGACGUCGAAAGAUGGUCGAAUAUAG